AGGAGGAAAAAGACCAAGGGACACAGAGCCAUAGUAGGAGGAUAAACAGGGACCACAGAUGGGAGAGUAGGAAAGGGGUAUGAAAUUUCUUAUACUGUGACUACCUGACCACCUAUAUGCCAGCCCCAGCGGCUAUCCCUGCAGCCCUGCCUGGGCGCCCUCGUCUGAGGUUGGAUGACAAGGUGCUGGCUCUAGAGUUCCUGCUUUUGGAUGCCCAGUUUAAUGAACAAGGGCGGUACCAACUGGUCCUUCGUGUGGAGAACCCAUUGCUUGAUGGCUCCGUUGAGGGAGUCACAGUCAGCGUCAACCAGGGUGUCAUGGUUCAGGGCAACCAGGCUGAAUCUGACAUUGUAGAACAGGAGGACCUGACAGACACUAUCUGCUUCCAGAACAACACCUACCUUUUCAUCCUGCCACAAGGCCUGUGUAAAAAUGACAAACACCAUGAUGUCCGACUCAGCAUUGAUGUCCUGAAGCUUGAGGGUAAAUUCCAAAAGGUGGGGAAAAAGGUGGGACAAGCCAUUUUUGCUAUUUAUCCCCGCACUAACCAGCCUAGGAUUAAUCUGCGUGCUGCGCGCUUCCAACCACUCUACAAUUACCAAGGAAUACUAGCACUACUUCGAGUAGGUGGUGACCAUCUUUCCAUGCACUGUGGACGACUAGCAUAUAAGGUCUGUUUCCGAGAAUACCAGCCCCAGAAACCUGAAGAAAAUCCUAAACAGCCCUCACCUAGGCAGAACACCAUUAAAGCUGGAACCUCCCAGAAUGGUACACCUAGAUCUGCCUUUUUCCAAGAUAGCUCAACUAAUCCAGUUUCCCCAGUACCUACUACAUCAAGGACAAUCAACUCCCAGGCCGACACACCAGGAGUUGGAGCUAACAAGACUAAUGCUCCUAAAUCAAGCAGAACAUCAACAAUACAGACUCCUAGGACACAUCAGGCUGUAAAUGACCCUAAGGAUCCAACAUCCCCAAGUCCCACAUUGAACUUGCAUGAUAUGCCCCCUUCUGAGACUGAAUUGCUGCAAGACCAGGAUAACUACUCUGAUGACUUAGAUGAUUCUCCGCCUGUCUCACCAGUACGUCCUGUACCUAGCAAAGUCCAUCAUGAUGCGCCUCUUCUCCUCCCUUCACCACCAAAAACUCCAGCCACUACCAGGAAGACUCAUGUUACAGAAAAGCCAGCAGCAAAAGGUGAACCAGUAAGAGCUACCAAUGGACAGUCUAGCUUCUUACCCUCCUUGGGGACAGAGACUGUUGUUGUCACCAUCCAUUCAGCCUCUCAUCUCCCAUCCACUGGAGGUGGCACUGUGCCUUCUCCUUUUAUCUGCCUGACUAACAGCUUGGAUGAGCGCAAAGGGGUUGGAGCGCAGAGCAUUUCACAUGCAGUGCAGAGCCCAACACAUGACCCAGUCUGGUGGGACACUUUGACCAUGACUGUGAGAGAGAAUGAAGCACAGCAGGAAGAUCUGAUCCUGAAUGUAGCUGACUCUGCUUCCUUGGAGGUCCUCCUCUCCUACAGUUUGCCUCUCAGAGAUCUGCAGCCAUUUCACACAUACUACCUGUGUAUGGUGCAGCCCCAUAGUCAGGCUCCAGGAGAGAGUCACCUCUAUGCCAGCGUGGAGCGCCGGAUCAGUCGCAUCCCUCAGCAAAAAGAAUUCACUUACAGUGCUCUGCAGGUUUUGAUUGUACGGGUGGAAGAUCCAGUAGAGGGACAAUCAGAUGGUCUCCUGGCUGUGGCACGGAUAGUUCCAAAUUACACAGAGUACAGGCAAUCUCAGGUUCUCCGUGAGGUGCAUCCUGUGUUUGAUGCCACAGUUCUUUUCCCAGACCCAGUUCCUACCUGCUUCCAGGUCCCAUCAGAAGCUUCACAGGGACACCCACAGCUCUCCCCUCCUGGGCUUCCACCUUCCCAGCCUGUGUGGAAUUAUCCUUUCCUGUUUCAGGGGAGAGAUGGGGUAACCCUCUUCAGUGAAGGUGCUGCUCUGGUUCUGGAAUAUUACCCGGCAACUGCUGACACAAGGCGUGUUCCCUGGCAUCUCUCAGACUGUUGUGGCUUCUCUGUGGUUCCCCUAGACAUGCGUAUGUAUCAUGAGCUGAUGAAGGGUUCUGAUAAACCACACACUCUAAGUGUCACCAUACAGGGUACAAAGCUACAGACUCUUUCUGGUGAAACACCCACAGUGUCCCUGCAGCUGCUGCUCUUCAGAUCUGAGUUCCCAGAGUUCUUUCUAAGACCAGUAGAACUAGAGCCUGGACUGACUUUAGAACACAAUCAUUCGCCAAAACCUACUCAAGAGAUCCCUGUUUCCACAACUAACAAGAGGGAGCAGUUACAGAGAGAUGGACCCUCUCUACCUCCUCACAAUGCUCUGGCUGAUAUCCUACCCAACCCAUGGAGUCAUUCAAUGCAAGCACAGCAAAAGCAUUCAGAUUACAAUGUUCCUCUGAACAAACCACAUGCAAGCCCCUAUCAACAAAAGCAAAGUAAUGAUGUGGAACUCCCUGCAGACCCAGUGGUGGUGCAUCAGGAACAGGAACUAUCAAAUUACCGUAUGGCUAUGCAGCGUAUGGCAGAUGACAUCAUUGCUCUGCGCCGUCAAAUGAGUGGGCUGGAGGCAGAGAAUAGUCAUCUUCGAAGCGAGCUAAGCCUGCACCAAGAUAUAGGAAGGAACCUGCUGAGUGACACCGAUAUCGAUGUUAUGACCAAAGCAGAAAUUGCUGACAGAAUGGUGACUCUCAAGCACAAGUUAGCUAGUGAGACCUCAGACCUCCGGGUAAUGAGAGACAGAGUCCAACAACUGCAGAAUGAGCUUGUCAGAAAGAAUGACCGUGAGAAAGAGCAGAUUCUCCUGCAGAGGAUGCACCAGCAGCAGCAAGCUGUACUAAACCAGUACCAUCAGCGCCUGGCUCGAUCCAAGACAUUACAGGAUACAGUGCGCAAGCAGGAGAAGGUGAUUGAGAAAAUGGAGAAGCUGCUGGACCGUAAACUUAAGGAUGAGAAAAGGAACAGAACGGAGGGGGUAGAAAGAGGGGGGCGUCAGGAUACUUUACAAGCGGAUGUGCAUGCUGCAUUACUGUCAGAGAACUCACGUCUGAGAGAGGAGCUUGAGAGAAUGAGGGUUCCAACAAUAACACAACAACCACAUAUCCUGGAAGCAUUCUCCAACAGUGAGAAGUUCUCCCUUAUGAGCAAGCUGGAGAAGUCUCAGGCAAGGGUACAGAGCCUGGAACGUGAACUAGAGACAGCUGCUCGUCGCUGGGGUCGUGAAAAGCAGCAGUUCAAGACACAGAUUUCUGAACAGGAGAUGGGGUUCAGCCGUACAAACACAACCAUAUUGCACCACUUACCCAUAAAGGAGCCAGAUCCACCUAUCAGAAGACAUGCCAAGCUGGAUCCCUUAAUAUGAUUUAAAUGACCUUAGAACCAAUAUAGCACUGUUUGUUUUUGUUUAAUGUCGCGUUAAUGAAGAUCCAGCAGAAAGAAUGUUUUAACUAUAAAACACCCAGCUGCAGAAGACUUAGAUGUGAACAGAUUCGUUUUCACAUUAAAACUUGUUUGAUCCAUCCUGACCAAAUGAUCAAGUACAGCAAAGCCUGGAGGGUACCAAGCAAGGAUGAGAAACAUUGCUGCCGGCAUAAGAGAAAAGUGUCCUACGUCAUGCAUAUGCCAUCCAUAACUAGCUUGUGUUUGUGAAAGAGAGAAAAAGCAGAUAUACGGUACAAAUGUCAAUUUCAGAUUUAUUUUUGAAAAGGAGAAUGAAGAUGUAAUGCAGAAUUUGUAUAUUAAAGAUGAAAAUAGAUUUAA